UCUUUCUCUCUGCUUUUUCACACACACACACACACACACACACUCUCUCUCUCUCUGAAAGAAAAAAGCCAUUGAAGCUUCUCUCUCUCUCUGCUUUUUCCCUCUCUAGAAAAAGCGAAAAAGCUGCAUUGUCGUUAAAAAUGGGAGCGAAUGCAGCUCAGAGCUUUGAAUUUUGCUGCACUUGAUAUACAUCUUCUCAGCUAAAGCUUCAGUCCCCUCUUAGCAAUCUGACAAGCUCUGCUGAACUCUUAGAUCGCCACACUAAACCGUUCUGUUCUUUUCAAUCUGAACCUUUCUCUGUGAAGAAAUCCGUACAGUUCAUCCAAAUAAUUCGCAGAAAAAAGUUCAAAAUUUUUUUUUUUCACUCUUUUUUUUCUGAGAGAUCCAUGUCGUCGGACAUACGCUAGGGUUCAAAUCGAUCGCGUUCUGUGUUUAGUUUCAUCUGGAAGCUGUUGGAGCGUUUUCUUUGUUUUCUAAUUCUUCUUCCAUUUUAUUUUAUAGAUUUUUUGAAGUUCCCGUACAAGUUCAUGGCUGAAUGCAGGGACUGUAACAAUCCCAACUGUAACGUGGCCUCUUACUCUGUAUUUCUAGGGUUUGGGGUUGUGAGUUUGUGAAGGUCGUUGAGGAAGUGAGGUAUUGGUGGCGUAGUACUGUGAUCGCGUUAACAGUGUGAGGGGAUGGGGACGGAUCGUUUGCUAUUAGCGGCGGUAGGACCGCCAAUAAAGCGGCGAGCAGGGUUACGGAGGAAGCAGGCGGGUAGAGGCUCCUACAGGGGAAGUUAGGGCACGAAAUUGGCGCCAAAAUUAAAAUUUUGGGGAGGCUGUGGGGUUUUAUUUGUUUGGUGGUGUUGUUUAGAGGCUGUUUAGGAAAAAGCUUUGGACUUUGGAGGAGAUGGGUACUUCUGACUUGCACCAUGUACUAAGAAGCCUCUGUUUCAAUACGGAGUGGAACUACGCCAUUUUCUGGAAACUCAAGUAUCGAGCUCGAAUGGUACUGACUUGGGAGGAUGCUUACUAUGACAACUGUGAGCAACAUGAUUCUUCUGAGAAUAGGUGCUUCAAUAAGACACUAGAUAGAUUGCACGACAGCCAUUACUCACACGACCCCCUUGGGCUUGCUGUGGCAAAAAUGUCGUAUCAUGUAUAUACUCUGGGAGAGGGGAUUGUUGGACAAGUGGCGGUUACCAGGAAGCAUCAGUGGAUUUUUGCUGAUAAUCUAUUUAAGAAUAACUGUUCACCAUUUCAGUACUGUGAUGGGUGGCAAAGUCAAUUUUCAGCUGGCAUAAGGACCAUUGUCGUUGUGGCUGUUCCACAUGGAGUUGUACAGCUUGGUUCUUUAAAUAAAGUGCAGGUCAUUGAAAAUGUGAAGCUGGUAUCUGAAAUAAGAGAUGUUUUUAGUACGCUUCAAGAUUCCCCAGUAGAGCAGAUCCGUAAUCCAUUGCAAUCUGGCAUAAACAGUUCAGCAUGCUUGACAAGUAUAUCUCCUAAAGGUUUGGCUUCAGGGGUUAUUACUGAUUGCCUACAUAAUUUAGAUAAAGCCGCAAACAGAGAAGAAAGCCCAGAUGUUUGGUCGUCCGUUUUCCCACAUAUUGGGAAAGACAGUGAUAGUUCUCACAUUUUUCCACUGCAUGAAAAUUGUCUGAAAAAGGCAGUUGAACUGGCCAAUAAGCAUGGAGGACUUGAGUCAUCUAACUUAGGGUGUCUUGAGAGUGCCAAACUACAUCAGUCAAAAUCAAGUAUCUUAAAUUCAGAGCAUUGCAAACUAGUAGGUGUGGAAUUACUUGAUAGGACGACGUGUAAAGGGGAGAGUAGUGGCUGCAAAGAUACUAGGAUGGCUUCAAUGAUCUAUGCCAAUCCAUUAUCACAUGGUUCUGUUCAAGAAAAUGUUAAUUUAUGUGAUUCUGCAGACUUAUCUGCAACAUUUCUCAACUCUGCGGCGCAUGGCAGGGUUAAUGUGGACAGGGUAGAUUUUUACCAAAAUGAGGUGUUGCAAGUAAGUGAACCCUCAGAUGUUAAGUUUCAGAAGGACCUGGAAAACUUGGACUUUCAAACUGAAUCAGGUCACAUGGACACAUCUAGUACAUCUAUGGCAUUCCCUGCUGGCUGUGAGCUGCAUGAAGCACUUGGGCCAGCUUUUCUGAAUAAGGGUAACUAUUUUGAUUGGGAAGCAGAGAAGAAUGGAGAUGGAAUUACUAUUGAGAUGCCUGAGGGGAUGAAAACUGGCCAGUUGACAUCUGAUUCUUGCCAAGAGCAUCUUCUUGAAGCAGUGGUGGCCAAUGUUUGCCACAGUGGCAAUGAUGUUAAAAGUGAAAAAUCAUUCUGUAAAUCAAUGCAGUCUCUGUUGACAACUGAAAAGUAUCCAGAGCCUUCUAGUCAUACUACACAUACAAUUGAUUCAGAAAAUUAUUCCAUUGAUCAGCCCUCUCUUAUAGCAGAGGACACACAACAAUGCUUGAGCUCAUCAGGGGUAUGUGGGGUCAUAUCCCCCAAAUGGUUUUCCUCGCCUUGUCCUAGUGCUUGUAGUGAGCAGCUGGAGAGGUCUUCUGGACCAUCUAAAAACAACAAGAAGAGGGCUAGACCUGGGGAGAAUUCUAGGCCUAGGCCAAGGGACAGGCAAUUGAUCCAAGACCGUAUCAAGGAGCUGCGGGAGCUAAUACCUAAUGGAGCAAAGUGUAGUAUUGAUUCACUGCUGGAGCGUACAAUCAAGCACAUGCUCUUUCUACAAAGCAUCACUAAGCAUGCAGACAAACUUAAUAAGUGUGCUGAUGCAAAGUUGUGUCACAAGGAAGCAAGCAUGUUGGGAUCCUCUAAUUAUGAACGGGGAUCAAGCUGGGCAGUGGAGGUGGGAGGCAAUCUGAAAGUUUGUUCAAUAAUGGUAGAGAACCUCAACAAGAAUGGGCAGAUGGUUGUUGAGAUGAUGUGCGAAGAAUGCAGUCAUUUUCUUGAGAUAGCAGAAGCUAUCAGAAGUUUGGGUCUGACAAUCUUAAAAGGUGUAACAGAAGCCCGUAGUGACAAGACAUGGAUAUGUUUUGUGGUUGAGGGACAGAACAACAGAAGCAUACACAGAAUGGAUAUCUUGUGGUCCCUUGUUCAAAUAUUGCAGCCCAAGAACCCUAUGCAACAGCUAUAGCUUGUCUCGCUCUUGGAGUGGCUCUGUAGGUUCCUUUGUAAAUUAUUGUGAGUCAUUUGUGAUUGGCAUUUACGUUUUCGUUUUAAUUUGAACCCCCUCCCUUUUUUUUUGGUCUGGGUUUGAACCCUCCAUAAUUGAAAAGAAAAGGAGAGAAAAGCCCAUAGGAGGUAGAAAGGUGCGAUUUAUUAUUAUCCUUUUGUUCUGUUGUAAUUUGCUUGUCAUUUGUUUGGGAGGAUGAUACUUGGAUAAUAGUCUUUCUAGCAGUAUCUAAUGCAUGUGUCUUUUUCCAGUUUGA